GAAUGAAGAUAUGCAACUUCGUUUAAACUCCAUUAAAAGACUUGGAACUAUUGCUACUGCGUUAGGCCCUGAAAGGACGAGGAGUGAACUUCUCCCUUUUCUAAACGAGAACAUAGAUGACGAAGAUGAGGUUCUUUUAGCACUUGCAGAACAAUUAGGCAACUUUAUAGACUCAGUUGGAGGACCUAAAUACGCUUUCUGCUUACUUGAUUUGCUGGAGACUUUGGCAGCCGUUGAAGAAACUGUUGUGAGGGAAAAGGCAGUAGAGUCUCUGAAUAAGAUUGUCGAUGUUAUGGCUGAAGCCGGUCAAACAGAUGAUGUUCUGAAAUAUUUUGUUCCGUUAGUUAAGAGAUUAGCAAAGGGAGAUUGGUUUACCUCUCGUAUAUCAGCUACAGGACUAUUUCACUCUGCUUAUAGGCACAUUCCAAGAAACAAUCAAACUCUCAAAGACGAAUUGAGAAACUUGUUCAAGGAGUUGGCACAAGAUGAAACGCCAAUGGUUCGAAGGGCUCUUGCAUCCAAGUUGUCAAAGUUUGCUAGUGUUGUGGAAGUGAAAUACGUGGAGGACGAGUUGAUUCCAAUAUUUGUACGUCUUGCAGGAGAUGAACAAGAUUCCGUGCGUCUGUUGGCGGUGGAAAACUGUGCUGUACUUGCAAAGCUUAGUCCUGUGAAAAGUGAAGUUCGAGAAGAAUAUUUGAUACCGAUUGCUCGAGAGCUUGCAGCGGAUAAGUCUUGGAGGGUUCGUUUUAUGUUUGCAGAUAAAAUAUGUGAACUUGCAGAGGGUUUGGGAUUCGAUGCAACUGUGAAAGAAUUGGCUCCUUCGUUUUAUAAGUUGAUGGAAGAUUGUGAAGCAGAAGUCCGUACAGCUGCAGCAUUUAAGAUUGCCUCUUUUUUUGAAACCAUUUCUCGUCUGGAUGAGAAUAUGACAGACAGCUCUUCAGUUGUUUCUGAAGUUUUUGAAAAAUUAUAUUCGUACUCGAGAGAUCUUUCAUUGGAUGACUCACCUUUUGUUCGUUCCGCAUUGGCAUCGAAUAUAAUGUCUGUCGCACCGAUAGUUGGUCCCGAAAUUACUCGGGAUACCCUAUUACGAAUGUUUUUGAAACUUCUUCAAGAUGACUUUUCCGAAGUCCGAUUGAAUAUCAUCGGGUCGCUUGAAAAAGUAUCUCAAGUCAUUGGUAUUGAAAAAUUGGCCAGUGAUCUUCUUCCUUCUAUUGUGGAAUUAUCAGAAGAUCGGAAUUGGCGUAUUCGCUAUGCUGCCAUUGAGUUAACUCCCACCUUGGCUCGUCAACUUGGCAAGUCAUAUUUUGAAAGUGAUAAGAAAUUGGGAAUGUUAUGUGUUCAAUGGCUAAGUGAUACAGUUUAUUCAGUUAGAGAAUUGGCUAUUAAGAACUUGACAUCUUUGACGGAGCUUUUUGGUGAGGAAUGGGCCAUCGAACAUGUUUUACCUGCUAUUGUUGCUCUUUAUAAGAACUCAAAGAAUUAUCUGUAUAGAAUGACAGCUUUGCAUGCAAUGUCAUCUUUGUCGAGUAAGGUACCUCAAGAAGUUGUUGAACAAUUAUUUUUGCCUUUGUUGGUGGAACAAGCAUGUCGAGAUUCAGUAGCCAAUAUUCGUUUUGUCGCAGCGAAAACAUUACAAGAUGUGGCUCAGUAUAUCAAAAAGGAAACACGAAGUAACCUUAUUAUACCUUGCCUUGAGAAAUUAAAUAAUAAUAUGGAUGAAGAUAGUGAUGUUCGAUAUUAUGCCAAUCAGGCCUUGAUAGCUUUACAGUCAUUGGUUUGAAGAACGGUGUAACGAAGACUUGAGACUGAG